AUGCUCGAUGACCAAUUGGUUGACAUCGUGGACGCGGCCAAGAAGGCUGCGAGCGAGGCUCGACAGGCUCUCUCCAGGCGUAAGGAGACGCCGGCAGAGAUGAAGCCUUUUAUCCUCGAACAGGCGGUCUUUGUACCGAAGACCUCUUCCGUGUGCCCUGACACCCGACCCUGCUACGUCGGCCCAGAGCAAGGGGGCCUCGACAUCGAGCAAGAGUAUCGAGCGGAAGCCCGGAAGUUUGCAGCGUACAUUCCAGACGACGACACGGCGCGUCCUGUAAAAGUCUCGUGCAACCGCUGCGACACCGGCAGCAGCGUGGCCCUUCUCUUGGAUGUUGCCAAGCGUGGCCAGAAUUUUCCUGAGGCCUGGCGCGCUGCUUCUGCCUUAGCCAAUGUCGCGGAGUUCCCGGAACUGGCACCGGCCGUUCGCGAGGCCGGUGCGGUUCCAGUGCUGCGGAGUCUCUCUGGGCAGCUUCCCGGCAGUCUGCAGUAA